AUGGUGCAGAACAACGAUGUCGAUGGAGCUUUCGGACUUCUCAAUAGACUAAUGGAUUCAGAAGGCAUGCUGAAAAUCAUCCGUCGCACGCAAUUUUACCAAAAACCGUAUAUGCAAAGGAAGGCGUUGUCAAUGGAAGCAUCUACGGCAAUUUUCAAUGAAGACAUGAACAGAAAAAUGAAAUUCCUUGUACGAAAGAAUCGUCCAGAUAAGCAUCCGGGUCAAGUGACAUCUUAA